AACGGAGGGCGGAACGAAUUGUGAACUUUACCGCAUACAUAUUUUCCAACAUUAACUGUGAAAGAAAAAUAAAAUAAUAAAAACAAAAACCAUUUCAAACUCAAGUCACGGGAAGUGUAAGUGAAAUUUAAGUGAAGAAAAAUGUCAACACGUCGCUACGAGCGUGAAGAAGCCCCGCCGAGAAGUAAAUGCAUUUCUUGUCUUUGCUUCUCAUGGAAAGUUUUCACAGUUAUUUUCUCUCAUGUCACGCUAAUCGCACUCGUAGUUGCUUACAGCGUUGCGGGUGCCUUUUUAUUUCAACGUCUUGAAGCUGAAAAUGAGAUAAGUGUGAGUAGAAUUUUUGAUACAUUUUUGAAAGUGAAAGCAAAGAUAGCGGGGAUCAGAAAAAAUGUUACGGAAAAGAUAUAUGAACAGACAUUGAGUAAAGUUUAUCUGGAAAAGGAAGAUUGGACUUCAGAUGCAAUAAAAAAGCUUCAGGAUUUCGAGACAAGUAUUUUGAAAGCAAUGAAAGAAGAAGGAUGGGACGGAUAUGAACCAGAUGCAAAUAAAACGCAAUGGACAUUCACUGGAUCACUCUUUUAUUCCAUUAUCGUCAUUACAACAAUUGGUGAGUCUCAGACAAGUUACAAAUUUAUGUUUACUGUAAUAUCUAUUCGAUUUUGUUGUCCUUUAUUGAAUCUUAAAAUCCUUAAAAUUGUAUUUGAUGUUCACAAAAUAAAUGUUGAUGAUUACGACUCGUGUAACGAGACAAAAUAA